GGGCUUGGACAAAGGGCAGGUGCAGAGAAUGCAAGUCAAAUGAGGGAGAGGGGAUGAGGUAGCUGGGCUAAGGGAAGAAUGGGAAGAAGCCAGGUGAGGGAAGCUUCUAGGUAGGCAGGGAAGGGUGCAGGGCACUCUUCAGUUUCCACUGACAUUUGGGGCUGCUCAAACUUGUGCGGUUACCUGUGCUUUGUGGCAUGUUUAGCAACAUCAGGGGAUUCUGCCCAGUAAGACAAGGAGCAUUCCCUCCCUCAGGUGUGACAAUCACAGCUGUCAACAGACACUGCCAAAUGGCCCUGGAGGGCAAAACCCAGCCUGGCUCAGACUCACUGAUGUCCUGAAGCCUAAUGGAGUGUGUGUGUGGGGGGUGGGGGGUCAAUUACCUGACACCAGGAGUUCCAGACCAGGCGUAUACAGUGACCUCACUACUUUAGAAAUGAAUCGAUCUUUCUAUGGAUUUCAACAAAAAUGUGACUCAGAGGACAUGCAGGUCAUUUCCAUCCCUGCCCACCCAGAACUUCAGCUCCUCCUGAAACUUUGAUCAGAGACCACCUGGUGACACCAGAGACACAGGACAGAGGACAAAGCAGGCAGCAGAGACCAUGGAGUCCCACACAGCCACGUUCCACAGAGGGUUUGUUCCCUGGCAGGGGCUCCUUUUUACAGCAUCACUUUUGACCUUCUGGAGCCCCACUACCACUGCCCAACCAGCUAUUGAAAUACUGCCUGGUGAUAUUAAUAUAGGGGGAAAUGUUCUUCUACGACUCUACAAUGUGACAGUGGAACCUACAGAGUAUAGUUGGUACAGUGGGGGAUCGAUUUCGCCUGCCACAUUGAUUAUGACAUAUACCAGAGAAACUAAUGAGUUCAAUACAGGGGACUCAUACAGUGGUCGAGAGACAAUGUACCCCAAUGGAUCCCUGCUGAUCCAGAAUGUCAACCGAGGCGACCUAGUAAUCUACACCGUACGAAUCAUGUCGCAAAAUGGUUUGUAUGCUGAGCUGUCUGCAGAGAUCCGUAUAACCUCAAAUUUGUUGAAACCCACCAUCCACGCCAGCAACACCGUUCUCAUGGAAGACGAUUCUGUGGUCCUGAACUGUGUCUCUAAAAACGUUGAAAUAACCAUCUCAUGGUUCUUUGAAGGCCACAAUAUGAGGCUCUCAGACAGAAUGACGACGAACGUAGAAGGCAGUUCCAUCACCAUCAAGCCUGUCAAGGUUGAGGAUUCCGGGGAUUAUCAGUGUGAGGUCUCCAAUGGUGUCAAUUCCAGCAGGAGUGACACCAUCAGGUUAUAUGUGACUGGUAAGGCAGUAACACCAGAGCCAGCUGGCUCCUCGCUGGUGACCGGCAUGGGCAUGAUGAUUUUAAUUCUAACUGUGGUGAUUCUGAUGAGUGUCCUGGCAUAUAAAAUGGUUCACAGAAAGACUGGCGGUGAGCAACCCAAGGUUGAAGCACCUGCAGAAAUUAAACCGACAGAGCCAACAGGGCCAACAGAGCCCCCACAGCCUGAACAGCCCCCACAGCCUGAACAGCCCCCACAGCCUGAACAGCCCCCACAGCCUGAACAGCCCCCACAGCCUGAACAGCCCCCACAGCCUGAACAGCCCCCACAGCCAGGAAACCCACCAGUAUGAUCUCACAGAGCACAAACCCUCAAGUCUACCAUCGCAGUCCGGGCCUCUCUGAUAACUCCCCUGACAAGGUGGAUUAAAUUGCAUAUUCUUCCCUGAACUUCAAUAACCUGCAACCAAAGCAAUCAACUUCACACUCCCUGGUCUCUACAGUAUCAGAAAUAGUUUAUUCAGAAGUGAAAAACAAGUGAUGCAACCUAUCCUGUCACAGCACUGCUGACCUACUCCAUGGCCUUCCUGGAGAUUUCUUUACACUUGGAGGAAAAAGAAAAUCAGCCCCCUACUCUGUCAUCCCACAUGCAGCACCUCCAGGCUGCAAGGCCUUCCUCCAAUGUCAAUAAAUAAAAAGGUAC